AUGCAGCCCCUGAACAAGUCGAUGGCUAUCUCAAAACCUCAAAACCUGACUCUGAAUGAACACCGUGAGGACUUGAACGGAGAUGUGUCUUGGCAGCAGGAAACCACACCAGUCAGGGAGACCUGUAACUCUGAGGCCUCGCGUCAAAAGUUCAGACAUUUCCAGUACUUGGAAGUGUCUGGGCCUCGUGAAGCCCUGAGCCAGCUCUGGGAGCUCUGUCUUCAGUGGCUGAGACCAGAGGUUCAUACUAAGAAGCAGAUCCUAGAACUGUUGGUGCUGGAACAAUUCCUGACCAUUCUCCCUGAAGAGGUGAGGACUUGGGUGAAUUUACAUCAUCCAAAGAACAGCAAAGAAGUGGUGAGCCUCAUAGAAGAUGUAAUUCAAGAAAAAGAUAUUCCUUGCGAGGAUUCUUCCCUUCUCCAGAAGGUGAGUGUCCAGAAGGAGAAAAUGGAAGCAGAUUCACUAACAGGCAAAUCCCAGGAACCAGUGACAUUCAAAGAUGUGGUUGUGGAAUUCAGCGCGGAAGAGUGGGGGCAGUUGGACCCCGCUGUGAAGAACUUGUUCAGGGAUGUGAUGCUGGAGAACUAUAGGAACCUCAGUUCACUGCGGAAAGAGCUUCUAUUUUCCAAACCAGUUGAGGUCCCCAAGUUGGAGAGUAAGAUACAAGGAUGGAUAAUGGAGCAAGAAAUCCCAAGAACAGCCAUACUUGACACACAAGUAAUUUCAGAAAAUCAGGAUUCAAUUUCAAAGAGAAUUUCUGGAGCAGAAACAUCCCAUGGAGUGAUAAUGACAACAUUGACCCAAAGUAGACUUCCUUCUCUAGAUGCCUGCAAAAGUGAUGAUUGGUUAUUUAGGAACUGGGACAUAAAUUUGCCACAAGAAGCUUUCAUUUAUAAGACAGUCGAUACUGAGAAGAGAGACUUUGAAUAUAGUAAAAAUAAAAAAAGCUUUGAUGUUAAGUCAGUUAACUCAGUUUUUGAUAGUCAACAAGAAGUUCCUAUGAGGAAGGAGUCCCCCAAGUGCCAUAAGUUUAAAACUAAUUUCAAAUUUAAUUUUGACUUAGUGGAGAAGCAACAUUUAGAAUAUAAGGAAUGUGGGAGCCUGAGUACAGAUAUUCAACACCCAAAAAGUCAUACCACAAUGAAUUGCUAUGAAUGUUUUCAGUGUGGGAAAGUCUUCAGCCGGAGUUCAUCCCUUGUUCGACAUCAGAUCAUUCACACAGGAGAGAAACCCUAUAAAUGUAGUAAAUGUGGGAGAUCCUUCAACCGACGAACAAACCUUAGUAAGCAUCAAAGAAGUCAUCCAGAAGUAAAGGCCUACAAAGGAAAUAUAUGUGAAACAGUCUUCAGUAAGAGUGAAAUCAGUAAUAAAAGCCCAAGUCUCCAUCCUAGAGAUAAUACUUAUGAAUGUGUUAACUGUGGAAAAUCCUUCAGCCGGAGCUCCUCACUUAUUCGACAUCAAAUGAUUCAUACUGGAGAGAAACCAUUUAAAUGUAACAAAUGUGAGAAAACCUUCAACAGGAAUUCAAACCUUAUUAAACACCAAAAACUUCAUACUCAAAGAGAAGUUCUAUAA